UAUUAAUGAACUUGUAGUUUUGUUGUGUAGAUGUACAAACCGCACCACGAGCAAGUGAAUAUAUUGGUGUACAUGGUGGUGUACACCCUUAAGGGAUUGAAUAAUGGUUAUAAAAUAGAAUGUUUCCAAGCUACCUUUGCCCUAAGAGACUGUUGGAUCUUUGCUCUAUCAGACCAAGAGCAAUUUGUAUUCACAUCAGAGCUAUUGAUUUGGUUUAAAACGCCUGCUUCAUCACUAGCACAAGCAUGGCUCGCAAAUCUGUCUGCUGUAAACUCACCGGUUUGGAGGUUGUGCUCAUUGUUCUGUUCCUGUUAAUGACUGGAAUUGUAAUAGGGCUCAUUACCAUAUUAGGUCUUUACAGUAACUCCCAAGAGAAAAAGGAUCCAGAAGUUCCCAGUGUGUCUGUUAGUCCUAGUGAAAACCCCUAUCUGAUUGGAGUGGGUCGAGCAGAUUGUACUGGGCCGGUAGCAGAUGUGCCUCUGAUGGGCUAUGCUAACCCUGAUCAGACUGCAGGAGGAAUCCACACCCGCUUGUUCAGCAGGGCUUUUAUUGUGGAUGAUGGCAACAAGAGAGUGGUGUUUGUGAGUGUUGACAUGGGCAUGGUCUCGCAAAGACUCCGACUGGAGGUGCUCAAGGCGCUUGAGGAGAAAUAUGGGACCCUCUAUAGGCAAGACAAUGUAGUGCUGAGUGGAACACACACACACUCUGGUCCAGCAGGGUAUUUCCAGUACACCCUCUUUAUGAUUACCAGUAAAGGCUACAUCAAGCCAUCUAUUCAAGCUCUCGUGAAUGGGAUUGUGAAGAGCAUUGAUGAGGCGCAUAAAAGCAUGAAACCUGGCAGAAUCUUUAUGAACAAAGGAAAUGUUGUAGGAAGUAACCUUAACCGGAGUCCACACUCAUACAUGAACAACCCAGAAGAGGAAAGAAAAAGGUACAAAAACAAUACAGACGAGCAGAUUGUAAGCCUGAAGUUCACUGAUCUGGAUGGGGAUGGAUUGGGAAUAUUCAGCUGGUUUGCUGUUCACCCAGUCAGUAUGAAUUACACCAAUCGCAUGGUGAGCUCAGACAAUCUUGGGUAUGCCUCCUAUCUGUUUGAACAAGAAAAAAACAUUGGGUCUUUGCCUGGUAAGGGCCCAUUUGUAGCAGCGUUUCCCACAAGUAACAGUGGAGACGUGUCUCCUAACAUCCGUGGACCGAUUUGUUUAAAUACUGGGGAGAAGUGUGAUUAUAUCAAUAGCUCCUGUCCCAUAGGUGGGACUGAAAUGUGUGCUGCUUUUGGACCGAGUAAUGACAUGUUUGAAAGCACCAGGAUUAUUGGAGAAAGUAUCUAUAAAAAAGCAAAGGAACUUUAUGGCAGUGCGCAGCAGGAAGUACAUGGUAAUCUCCACACUGCGCAUCAGUGGGUCAACAUGACGGAUGUAACUAUACAGAUUAACUCCACCCACAGUGUCAAGACGUGUAAGCCUGCACUUGGCCACAGCUUUGCUGCAGGUACAACAGAUGGAGGCGGAGCACUUAACUUCACACAAGGUGCAGUUGAAGGAGAUCCAUUCUGGGAUGGUAUUCGUGACACCAUCGUGGGUAAACCUUCCAAAGAUAUUCAAGACUGCCAAAACCCCAAACCCAUUCUGUUUAGCACUGGAGAGAUGACAUGGCCACUUCCAUGGCAUCCGGAAAUAGUGGACGUACAGAUCAUCACGAUUGGACCAGUGGCCAUAGUGGCAGUGCCAGGAGAAGUGAGCACUAUGUCAGGAAGAAGGAUCAGACAGGCAGUAAAACAGGAAUUGGAGACAAGAAAUGCUUUUGCCAACACUGAAGUGGUCAUAACUGGCCUCUGCAAUGUCUACACACACUACAUUACUACCUAUGAAGAGUACCAGGUGCAACGGUAUGAAGGUGCUUCCACCAUCUAUGGGCCUCACACUCUCUCAGCCUACAUUCAGCAUUUCAGAGGCCUUGCCAAAGCCAUUGCAGAGGGUAAGACUGGAGAAUUACCAAAAGGUCCUGAUCCUCCUUUUUUCAAAGAGAGUCAGCUUUUCUCACUACUACCAGUCAUACCUGCGGAUAAAACACCAACAAACACUACCUUUGGUCAGGUCCUGGAGCAAGUCAAUCCUCAGUAUAAAGUGGGAGAGGUUGUAUCUGUUACUUUUGUUGCUGGAAACCCCAGGAACUCCGCAGACAUGAGAGACAAAACCUUUGUCACAGUGGAGAAGUUUCUUACUGCUACCAGCACAUGGGAGGUUGUUCAUACAGAUGCAUCAUGGGAGACGAGAUUUCACUGGAUUAAAGGGACAGCUGGUCAGAGUAACGCCACAGUGGAGUGGCAUAUCCCUCUUUCAGCAGAACGUGGCAACUACAGGAUUCGUCACUUUGGCCACUCGAAGAAGUUUGGUUUUCCCAGUCCUGUGAUCACUCCAUAUGACGGCACUUCGGAUACGUUCAGAGUCACCAAAACACUCUAUUCCUAUUGAAUGCUUAAUAUUGCCACCAUAGAAAAACAUCCAAUGAUGGAGCUGCUUCUGUUCAAUUUGUUCAAUGAUCAAUGUUCAAAGACAAAUCGUGGUUGCCAUGAUCACUGUGUACAUGUGUUAAGAUAAUAUCUUUGUAAUAUGGAGUGUAUGAAAUAAAUCCUUUGUAAUUA